UAGUCAGAUAAUGACAACCGUGUUGCUUUCACUUCUUUAAACAGAGUUUCCUUAAAAUUAAUCUCAUUACUAAUCUAACCAACAUCUCAACUUUGCUGCUCCACCCUUAACUGCUCUUCACAUUCGCCUCUGGCUGCCACAUGCUCCCUAGUCACUGAAGCUGACUGCAGGAAGAUUGGUUUUAUUGUUGGUGCCAAUGAUUUCCUUUCUCCCUCAUGACUCCUUUCUUUUUCAGCAAGUUUCUUCUGUUUCAAACAUGGUAGCUGCUUUCAACAGCACUGUUUCAACAGAGCAUUUAGUGUUUUUUUUUCAACUGAGAAAUCCAUAUUAAAUUUCGAAGAUGUGGAAAAGUUAGGAGCAGGGGUUGGGUAACCUCAGGAGGAAGAGAAAGUGGAAUGAGGUAAGGACUUCUCAUUUACUGAGCCAGAAUCACAUGAAGUAGGAGCAGAUUUGAUGAGUCCUUAUUUCAAUGUAGUUAUAAGGAGGAAGAAAACUGUACUAAAUGGCCUCCUUGACCUCCAGUGCAGCAGACAAGAAAGGCUACCACCUAUACUGAUGUAGACAAUAAAAUGGGAGUCUAGGGCUUCUGUCUGAAACAGGAUUAAACAAGCUAUGGAUCUGGACCACCAGAGAAAGUUUAAUCUCUGUGAGAUUAACAUGAGUGAGCAGGAGAAUGUGAUGCAUCUGGUGAUCUAUAUCCCCACCUUUAUCCUGGGACUGCCUUUCAACCUCCUGGCACUCCUGAUAUUUUGCUGUAAGAUCAAGAGGUGGACUGAAACGACCAUUUACAUGAGUAACCUUGCCCUGGCUGACAUCCUGCUGCUGUUCUCUCUUCCUUUUAAGAUGCUUGACCAGGAUAGGGGCUGGCCUUUUGAUGUGGCCUUCUGCUCCUUUGUGGAGUCACUCUACUUUGUUAACAUGUACGCCAGCAUCUUCAUCAUCACCUCCAUUAGCAUCGAUCGCUACUUUGCCAUCAUCCACCCUUUGAAGGCGAGGGCUUUUCGGUGCCCACGGAACACCGUGAUCAUUUGCCUUGUCAUUUGGGCCUUCGUGUGGUUGGGGAGCAUCCCUGUCUAUGGAUUCCACGACAGCCCAAACUCUGCUAACUCCACUAUCACCUGCUUCCAUAAAUUCUCCGAUAAAUCUUGGAACCCGGGUCUGAUCGCCUUUGUAGAGCUGCUGGGCUUUGUGACCCCGAUGGCUACCAUGGUCUUUUGUUCAGUUCGAAUCAUCAAGAAACUGCUAGAGAGGCAAAGCGAUGUUCCUGGAAACUGCCAGGCCUGCAUCACAAUUAUCAUUGCCAACCUGGCAGUCUUCAUUUGCUCAUUUGUGCCUGUCCACGUUGGCAUUUUUCUUCAGUUUUUAGUGCGGCAGGACAUCAUUGGCCGAGACUACUGUUCGACGCGAAGAAGUAUCAGUUUAUUUGUUCAAGGUACCAUGUGUUUAGCCAAUGUCAACUGUUGCCUAGAUGCCAUUUGCUACUAUUUUGUAGCAAAGGAAUUUCGGGACCAAGGCUCACGCACCAAGAGAUCACUGGCCUCCCUUUUCUCGGUUAAUGAUGUGAGUGUUUAGCCAGAUUCAAGACUUCUCGUAUCAUGAGGUUUGUGCCAUAUUGUGUUCUUACACACUUUGCCCUUCGCAUUUUAUUGUUCUACACUCUCCUCAGUUACAUAGUUAAUUCAUCCUACACCCCAAGCUAUUCUGCACUUUCUCUAAGGGAAGAAUGGACAUUUACGUAGCAUUUGUUACAAUCUUAGGGAGUCCCAAAGUGUUUUACAGCUAAUUAUGUCUUGAAAUGAAUUCAAGCACUAUGAAAGCAGACAACCUGUUUCAGUGAUGGUGACUGAGGGAUAGUGUUGCCCAGGAGUCCGUUCCCUGGGAGAACUCCUCCUUGUAUUUGUGAUGGUGUCAUGGGUUAUUUUAAAUACUGAAAGUGCCGAUGGGACAUCUGUUCUGAAACAUGACACUUUCAGAAGUGAACUCCAUCAGUACCAUGCGGGAGUGUCAGUCUGAAUUUAAUGUUCCAGUCUCCAGACUGUUAUUUUCUUUUCGGUCUUUAGUGGGACAAGGCCACCAUUUAUUUCUGAUCACUUAUUGCCCUCGAGAGCAGUAAUUGUUCCCAACAGGCAAUCAUACUGUUGUGUGUCACAAUGUAGGCCAGUAGGUUUCCUCUCUGAAGGGAAUUAGUGAACAAAUUUGGGUAUUUAUCGAACCAAUUUGAUUUAUUGAUUAAUUGAAUUUUAAUUCCACUCUCUGUCAUGGAGGGAUUGGGUACCCAUCUGAUCAGAUCAUUGGUUUGGGCUUCGGGACAACCAAAUUCAGUGAAAUUCUCACUAUGCCACCAAUCUCAGAAUGUUCAAACACAGAAACAAGAGUACUACCUCUUAACCUCAGAAUGACACCCCAAGCACACAGCCCCAGCUUGCAACCAUCUAGGUGGCUAACCCUCACAUUCUUAAUUGUUCCUUUGAAUGUUCGGCCUUUGUUCUGCUCAGUUCUUAAUUGCAGAUAAAGUGGGCAGUAAGGAGGCGGAGUAUGAAUUUUGUGAAAUGGUCAGUCUUCUAUGUGAUGAUAGCUUCCCUUGCCUUUAAUGCUGUGAAUGUCUGUUUGCAACAGAUUGAUGGAACAAAAUUGUAUUGUGAUGCAUUAAUGUUACCAUUG